AUGGUAAAUCAGGCCAAGCUUCGAUCGUUCCGUACUGCACCCAGGUACAUGUAUGGAUUCGAAAUCCCGAAGGACUACAAUGAUGCUCUUCGUCUGGAUCGGAUCCAUGGCAAUACUAAGUGGCACGACUGUACGAAGUUGGAAAUGGACCAACUUGCCAAAUAUAAAGUGUUUGUAGAUAUUGGCAAGGGAACUCCAAUUCCAAAGGGAUUCCAAAAGAUCCGAGUUCACCUUGUGUACGCCUGCAAACAUGACGGCAGACACAAAGCCCAACUUGUGGCAGAUGGCCACCUGACUUCGGUACCCGUCGAUAGUGUAUACUCCGGCGUGGUUUCCAUUAGAGGCCUGAAGCUAAUGAUCUUCCUUGCCAAACUAAACGACCUGGACCUAUGGGCUACAGAUAUUGGUAAUGCCUACCUAGAAGCUUAUACUAGUGAGAGAGUAGCUAUUGUAGCAGGACCAGAGUUUGGGGAGCUAGAAGGACACACACUUCUUGU